CUGCAUUUUAACGUGCCGUUUGGAUUAUUUUUUCUUUUUCUGCAGAUGCCGGAUCUACCGGAUUAUCUAAUACCAAGACUAAAGAUGCGAUUCCAAUAUGUAGAGAAAGCAAGGGAAUUUUAUAACAGAUACGCCAGACACGCUGGUUUUGGAAUCAGGAAGACGGGGGGAAAUGACAAUCACAAGUAUUUUGUUUGCGCCUUCCAAGGGAUACACACAUCUUCUGUUUCAGAGGCUAACAGGAAGUGAAACAAAACAUCGCAGAGGACAGGCUGCAAUGCAAGAAUGAGGGUGAAGGUGCAGGAGGAUAACACAUGCGUGGCAGUGGACAUUGAGUACAAUCAUAAUCGCAAACUCAUGCAAACUAAUGACAUGCUGGUAUUUUUGCACUCACACAAGAAUUAUGACCCCACUAUUUUGGAGUACGUAAAGCUCCUGCAGUACCAUGAUGUCAAGCACACAACAAUCAUGUCCAUGCUAUCUGAAAAUGAAGAUGGAAGCUACUUCCUAAGCAUGACCGGACGAGACCUACUAAACCAGAAAGCCAUGAAUGCAAGGAAAGAUGAUUUGGAUGAUGUCUUGAAACUUGUUUCAUUCUUCAAAGACAUGAAGGCAAUCAAUGAUGAGUUUUUCUAUGACAUCCAAGUGGAUAAGGACAAGUCAAUUAAAAACAUUUUCUAGUCCAAUGCAAGCUGCCGAGGAGCCUAUCAAGACUUUGGCGAUUGCGUAACAUUCGACACAACUUACAAGACCAACAGAUGUCGUAUGCCUCUGGGAGUGUUUGUUGGAACAAACCAUCACUUGCAGUCAACGAUAUUUGCUGUUGCCCUGAUAAGAGACGAAGAUGCAAAGUCAUUCAAGUGGCUA